UGGACCUGCACCUUCCAUAUAUAAGUUCUUCAGGAGCCUCACAACCAGAGAGAGAGAGAGAGAGAGAGAGAUGGAAGAACAGGUUGAACUAGUGGGAAGAGCGUUUGUGGAUCACUACUACCAUCUCUUUGACAAAGACAGAGCAUCUCUCUCUUCCCUCUACCAGCCGACCUCGAUGCUGACGUUCGAAGGGCAGAGGGUCGUGGGAGCGCACGCCAUCGCCGAGAAGCUCAGCCAGCUGCCCUUCGAUCAGUGCCAGCACCUCAUCAGCACCGUCGACUCGCAGCCCUCCUCCGCCGCCGGCAUUGUGGUGUUGGUCAGCGGCAGCUUGAGACUUCCCGGAGAGGAGCAUCUGCUGAGGUUUAGUCAGGUCACCUCUCUCUCAUUUCCUAGUCACAUCUUCAUCAGUGUUGAUGAGCCGUCAGUUGAGCUUUUUGACUUGCUUCUGCAGAUGUUCCAUUUGGUUCCGUCGCCGGGAGGGAGCUUCUUCGUGCAGAACGACAUGUUUCGCCUGAACUACGGCUGAAAUUGCUGCAAAUUUUGGAUUUACAACUUUUUGUGAAGCUGACAUUGAUUCCAUGGAAGUUCAUAUCAGACGAAUGGGCUUGGUGCGAUCCACUGGCCCAACAUUUAUGAGGACCUUAAGUUCGGACCAACCCAACAAUUACUUGUUCUUGAUCCUUUUCUUUCUUCUUUCUUUCCUUUUUUUCCCAUUAUUAUUUGGUGUGGGAGUUUAUUUAGUUAUUUACUUCAUUGUGUCGAAUGCAAAACCACAUUGGUC